AUGAUUUUUAAUACGGAUGAAACAGGAUGCAGUACUGUUUCAGCUCCUACAAAGAUUAUAGCUGCAAAGGGAUCAAAACAAGUAGGGCAGGUUACAUCAGCAGAACGAGGCACACUUGUGACUACUCUUUUUUUUGUUAAUGCUGGAGGUGGUACUAUACCUCCUGUGUUUAUUUUUCCUCGAGUAAGUUAUAAGGAUCACAUGUUGAAUAAUGGGCCUUCUGGAGCAUUGGGUUUAUCACAUGUUUCAGGAUGGAUGACUGAAAGUAAUAUCGUUAAAGCAAUGGAACAUUUUGUAAGCCAUGUAAAACCAAGUGAAAAUAAUCCUGCUUUAUUAAUAUUAGAUAAUCAUAUCUCCCAUGUUAAUCUUCGUGUGAUAGAAUUUGCUAGACAACAUUUUGUAAAAAUUCUAACUUUUCCACCACAUUGCAGCCAUAGGUUACAGCCUUUAGAUGUUACAGUUUAA